CCUCAACGCGGUCGGAGACUGGACAUACGUCAAAGUAACGGAACACUAUCGUGCGAAACUGCAAAAAGAUCAGAGGCAAGUGCUAGAUUCCAUAAAAAAGGAUCUUCAGAAGGUUGUAUUGGUUUUCGAAUUUGACGAGACAAAGAGAAAAAAAGCUCAAGAAAUUCUUGAUCAAUGGAAGAAUUGGACAGCACAAAAACCAAAAUUGGAAUGUUCCAGCACAGCUUCUGACGUAUAUUUGCAGGUUAAUAAACUAAACCAACUUAACAACUUGACUGGAGAUUUUGCAACCCAGAACAUCGACAAUCGCCGUGUAAGUUCGAGAAAUCAUCAUUGCGAUGAUCAAGAAGAAAAGAGAAACACCAAACCCACUUCUUCAGUCGAUGGUUCUGUAGGUGAUUUGAAUGGCGACCAAGUUGCUGAAAUUGAUGGAAUUAUUGUAAAUAAGAUAUCUGGCUUGCUUUUUUCAAACAUAACACUUGAGGAAAUAUGGACAAAAGUUAUGGAACGAUUGAAAAAAGAAAAAUUGCGAGUGUCUAUUGAAUCCCGGAUUGUGGAUCUUUCAAAUUGGACGCAAGUCGAAUGGAACAGGAUUCUUAAGGUAUCGGAUUAUUCGCAAUUAUUUAUCAAGUCAAGAAAAAAGCUCUGCAAGGAGAAGAUUGACAAGAAUGUGCAACAAUUGCUACACGAUGAAUCUGAAUCAUGGAAAAAUAUAUUUACAAACUUAGCAUCAUCUGAAGAUUCGCGAUUAACUGUUGGAAUAAUGGAGUUUUUCCAUCUCUAUUUACGAAGAGAGAUCAAUGUCCUGAUCAUGCAACAUCGAGAACGGGACUUUAUUGUUAAGAUUCUGGGUCCAAUAAUUGGCAUGCUUUUAGAAGAAUUCGAUAUCGGUACUUUUGAGCUUAACUGGAUCGAAAAGGAGUCUCGUAGUGUUACGAAUCGAAAACGAAAGGCCGUGCAUGAAGAAUACAUGACGCUAAAUUCUAAUAUGAGAAAAAUGGAUUUAAUUAUCUCAUUGCGAAGUCACAAAACUGAGCUACUACCACUUGAAGUGGGAAAUACAGGAGAACCCAUUGAUGAUACCAAAUAUCGAAAGGAUCAUUCAAAACUUAAGAUAGUAAUGAAAGAUUGUUUAGAUACAUUGUGGAGCAAAUUACAUUUCAAAAAGGCAGAACUUGAAGAAGUUUUUAUCAUUGGCAUUCAAAUUACUGGCACAAGAUGGACUAUAUACUCUCUCUCUUAUGAUAGUUCUCAAAAUUUUUAUUUUUUCGUUGAGAUGGCAACACUGAUACUUCCAACAACAUUCUCCGAUAUGGAAGAUCUUUUGCCAAGUUUUUUGGAAAAUCUUCUUGCUUUACGGCACACACUAAUGGACCUAGCUACAAAGAUACGAAAAAUCGCUCGAAAGCGACUUAAUACACCAUCUCCACAAUCGUCACCAUUACAUGAAACAACAAAUACCCCUGAAGUGAAAAAACAAAAGCAAGAUCCUUUUUGGAUCUUAGAUGAUUUGUAUUGA